AUGGUAUGUCCUUCCCACAAGACCCUUAGAAUCAAGAAAGUGCUCGGCAAGAAGCAGAAGCAGAACAGACCAGUUCCACAAUGGAUCAGAAUGAGAACUGGUAACACCAUUAGAUACAACAACAAGCGCAGACAUUGGAGAAGAACCAAGCUUGGAAUCUAA